GCGUGGAUCAGAUGCAGGACCUCUGACCACAACUACAUGUACCUUAUUUUCUAAAUUCUUGGUAGGCAAUGAGAAGCUGUCUCGUCUACUUAGUCAAGGUUCCUACGAGAUGAGAAUGGACAUGGGGGACUUCGACAACCAAACACGUUAUAUCAAAUACUCCAGUAUCACUCUCGGUGACGAAGCCUCAAAAUAUGCAAUUUCACUUUCCGGCUAUUCGGGCGACGUAGCUGGUUGCUUUUUGACCGGAGUACCGGCCGCCCAUCUAAACAACAUGAAGUUCAGCACAAAGGAUCAAGACAACGACUUAUACCAUCAAAACUGCGCAACCAAGUUCAAAUCCGGUUGGUGGCACAAUGCGUGCCAUUGUUCCAAUCCAAACGGUCUCUAUUUGGCGGGAAAUACAACCAUAUUUGCUGAGGGUGUUGUGUACAAACCAUGGCGAACGUAUUAUUACUCGCUUAAAUCCAUGCGAUUGAUGGUUAAACGGACAACUGCGUAA